CGAAGUGGAAACAUAUAUAGAUAUGGAUGAAUUAAUCCUCAGCUCGUGUUCAAAGUCUAGUUCAUCUUAUUCGGUAAAUAUGAUGUGUUCCAAUGAUGAACGACAACCACCGACAAUUAGUGUCCUCCAAAAAAAGCUCAAACACUUGCUCCAAACUCAGACAGAUUUCUGGUCCUACGCCAUUUUCUGGCAAUCAUGUUCUUCUUCUACUUCCAAUGUUCUUAACUGGGGCGACGGCUAUUUUCAAGGCACCGCCAAUUAUAGUAAUGAAACAACAAAGAAACUAGCAGUUGAUGAACAUGGUGAGGUGUCAGAUGCUGAGUGGUUCUAUUUGAUGUCACAGAUGGCUGAUGAGUGUAUCUCCGUCGUUGAUGCAGGUGGUGGUGUUGUGGGUAAGGCCUUCAACUCUGGAUCUCUAGUCUGGUUGACCGGUGGGAAUCAGCUAAAGUUGUAUAACUGUGAACGUGCUAAACAAGCGGAGGCACACGGUAUGCAAACCAUGGUCUGUAUCCCUACUGCUACUCCCCGUGGUGUUGUUGAGUUGGCUUCUCAUCUUAUUAUUCAUGAAAACUGGACUUUGCUCCAACAAGUCCAACAUACUUUUCCUGCUUUUGCUUUUCAACCCGAAAUUAUUAUGGAUUCAGAUUCCGAUUGCCCGACCACCACCACCGAUAAUAAUACUAAUACUAAUAUUAAUAAAAAGAGAGCGCCUAUGGCUAGUAGUAGUACUGCAGCUACUACGGGUAUAAUUAGCGGCGGCAAGAAGAGAGGAAGAAAGCCGGCAGGACCUCGGGGCCCGGACGCGCUGCCGACAAUGAACCACGUUGAGGCGGAGAGGCAGAGGAGGGAGAAGCUGAACCACCGAUUCUACGCACUCAGAUCUGUGGUACCCAACGUUUCUAGGAUGGACAAGGCUUCACUUCUAUCCGACGCCGUAUCCUACAUAAAGGAGCUCAAAUCAAGACUCGACGACCUCCAAACCAACAACGUCAACAAACUAUUAUCAUCAUCAUCAUCAGUUGUCAAGACAGAAACUGAUGAUGAUGAUGAGCCAAUUAUUAGUUCAUCAAGCUUGGUGGAAGUGAAGAUGGUAGGUGUAGAUGGGAUGAUUAGGGUUCAGUCGGAGAAGAGCAACUACCCGUCGGCGCGUUUGAUGGACGCGAUACGUGAUCUGAAACUAGAAAUACAACACGCGAGCAUGUCUUGCGUCAACAAUAUAAUGAUUCAGGAUGUUGUCGUUACUCUUCCUUCAGAUGGUCCAUUGACUUCCGAGAAUGCAUUGAGAACUGCUCUUCUUCAUAGAUUAUAAUUAUUUAAUUAAUUAAUGGAUAUAUAUAUAUCAUCACGUACGUACGUACGUACACAAAUAUUAAUAUGUAUUAUUAUGCAUGAUGAUCGAUCGAUCAGUUAUAUUAUUAUCCAUCCAUUAUCGUCUGUACUGUACGUUUUAAAUUAUAUAUUAGUUUCUAGCUAGCUAGUUUCAUGAAUCGGCCUUUAAUUUGCAGCUGAUGAAUAAAUUGUUCAAUUUCCA